AUGGAUUGUAAAGUACAUUGUCAGGAGCGAAAUAUUCGUAUCUAUGGAGUUGAGAUCAUGCAGAAUGCCAAGAGUAUUACAGAUCGACCGUUUCAUGGUGACGCAGCUUUUAUUAUGGGGAAUGAGGGCAGUGGCAUGAACUCGACUCAAAUGGCAAUUUGUGAUGAGUUUGUGUAUAUUCCGCAGUAUGGAGGUGGUACAGCAUCACUUAAUGUCACGGUCGCAGCGUCGAUCAUUUUGCAGAGCUUUGCAUUGUGGGCCAAAUCACCAGCUGGAAACGUGGAGAAAGCAGUAGCCAAGAAUGAAAUUUACAACAGCAAAGAAGACAUCGCGUAA